CAGAGCCACAGGAGGAGUCUGUCGUAGAUAUUGGCUCGUCCGACUCGUUCUUCGGCUCGUAGCUAACAGUUAGCUGCUCGUUUGGCUGCUAACUUCCUACAGGCGUUGACAGGUCGCUGCUGUGCUGUCGUUUUAACCUCAUUCGAUGUCUUUAUUUAGUGGAGUUAGACGCUGUCAGGUUAGGCAGCCAGAUGUAAGCUAAUUUUAGCCCCUGUGUGUCGUUCAGCUGGCCGCUUGCCUCCUCUCGUGCUAGCAGUGAAGCUACCUGCUAACAGUAGCUGCCUGCUAAACAUCUACUGCGGUUGUUUUCACAGUUUUACUGACACGAGGUUUGUCAGACCGGCGGCACCGUGUUGUGAUUAAUUCAUCCUUUACCCCGUAUCGUCUCUGAAGGGUCCGAGGAUUGUUAUCGCUGCUCGUGUUUAUUUGCUGUAGCUACACCGUGUUUCUCCUCGGCUAACUGAAUUAGCAAACCUCCAAGCAGCGUAAUUUAAUACCAUCUGCGGUGUCUACGCGUGUAGAUCAACUUCUACAAGGUUUGGACAGAUGUGGCGGUGCCGCUACGUGUCAGGGCUCAUUCGUCCUGAGUUUAUUCAGGAUCAACUCUUUCUAAACUGAACAGCAUGUUUCAUAUGUGAAGAGAAGCCUCCACGUCACACAGCCGUGAACUGAUUUCAUAAUAAUGGACGCAGCCUGAUGCAUGAUGUAAGCUGUGUGGCGUUUAAAAGCCUCCUGAAACCCUGGAAGUGGCUGCUGAUAUGGUGGACCUGAGACUGGCUCCAAGAAGCCCCCAGUCUCCAUUUUUCAUGAGAGUCUGGGGAAACGUUGCCACAGAUUAUGGAUCGAGGAUAUCACCUUCCAUGAGUUUCCAGUUUUACAGCGCUUCAGUCAAACAGCUGUAAGGGACAUGGAGUGGGAGGCAACUGAGAAGGAGAUGGAUGGAGUUACAGACACUGACGAGGACAUCCCUAUAGGUGAAUCCACCUUAGUGACCAAAUCUAGUCAGUGUGAGGACAGAGAGACUGAUGAUGACUGCGAGCAGGAUAACACAACCGCCAGUUUCAAAUCUCAGGACACCCCAAACCCAGCCACCCCACAAGACUUCGGAAUUGAUGAAGCAGAGUAUUGUGGAUCUGCAGCGGCCAAAGAGGACACUGAGCAGGCUUCGGACUGGUUAGAGCAUGACGGCGCUACAGAUCUUGAAAACUCACAGGUUCAAGAGGAAGACGAUAUAGAGAAGGAGCAGCACAUGAAUGGAGAGUCUGGCUGGAGGAGCCUGGGAGGAGGACGGAGAUGCAAACUGAAGAGCAGUGGUUCAUUUUCAGAGCAGAGCAGUCAAAGUGCUUUUGCCUCUUUUCAAAAAAGCAAUGUUAUAUCCAGCGGUGGCCGGCACAAGCAGACCCGCAGACGUCACCACCACCAUCAGCAGAACCGGAGCCGCAGGCGGACAGGCAACCAGCUCAUCUUAGCUUUUAAGGAAAUGCUGUCAGAGUCUCUCAGCUUCUGGUGCAUCUCCUGUGUCCACAUGAUGAUUGAGAUUAUUGUCACAUUAACUCACAAUUGUGGAGUCUGUGUGGAGGCUGUAGGAGUGAAACUUUAUAACUUUGGACUGCAGCUUCUUUCAAAGAUCACAGAUAUACACGGGAUGAAGGCGGAUGCCAGUCGGAUUUUGAAAUGGACUAAAUGCACAGGAGUAGACGUGAUGGAUAAAAUUGUCAGGUCGGUGAAGUGGGUAAAGACAGCUGCCUUAUCUUGUUUCAGACUUUUCUGUGCUUUGGCUAUUCUCGGGUCCCAGUGGGCAAAGGGUCUGGUGGUCCGACUUGGUGGAGAGCGGGGAAAGCGCUACUGGACAUCUUUUCAGGAGUCAAGGUUUUGGAAGCGGGUUGUUUCCCUGCUGGAGAGAGUUCAGAGAUGGUUCAAGAGAGACGCCCAUGCACCACCAUCCACACAUGAGUCACCUGGCAGAGCAGGGAGGGGCCAGUCGGGCCAGGAGCUGGAUAGACUGCUGGCCUUGGCCGAGAUACCGGAGAAUGAGCUUGACCCCUUUACAGUGCUCGGUGUGGAGGUACACGCUUCUGAGGCUGAGCUGAAGAAGGCCUACAGACAGCUGGCUGUCCAGGUCCAUCCAGACAAAAAUAAACACCCACGAGCUGGAGAGGCGUUCAAAGUAUUGAGGGCUGCCUGGGAUAUUGUCAGUAACCAAGAGACACGACGAGAGUAUGAGUUGAAACGCAUGGCAGCAACUGAGCUCUCCAAGUCCAUGAACGACUUUCUCACUAAACUGCAGGAUGACCUGAAGGAAGCCAUGAACACCAUGAUGUGCACCAAGUGUGAAGGCAAACACAAGCGGUUCGAGAUGGAUCGUGAAGUGACGGAGGCCCGGUUCUGUGCUGAAUGCAAUCGUUGCCAUAGCGCAGAGGAGGGGGACCUUUGGGCCGAGUCGAGCAUGUUGGGCCUUCGCAUAACAUACUUUGCCUGUAUGGACUGCAAGGUCUAUGAUAUAACAGAGUGGGCAGGUUGUCAAAGAAUAGUCAUUUCUCCUGACACUCACCGUGUGCCCUAUCACAUCUCCUUUGGUUCAAAGAACAACAGCAGCGCCACACGACACAGGACGACCUCGGAGAGCGCCACAGGUCCAACCAAUCCCGCUGACUUGCAGGACUUCUUCAACCGCAUCUUCAAAGGAGGACCUCCUAAUGACAUGGCUGCCAAUGGGGGCUUCUUCCCCUCAGGUCCCCCUCCUCAUCCACCACCUGGUGCUGGAGUUCCGCCGUUCUCUCCUCCCCCAGGCCAGACAGGCUUCAAUAUACCGGGGGGUCCACGGCCAGAGCCCAGCGAGACUUGGGCUGAAGGCGGCAAACCCCCCAGGAGGAGGAAGAAGGUCCGGAAACCCUUCCAGAGGUGAAGUCUGUUCACUCCUCAUGGUAUCAAUAAAGCAACACAGGGACACAAUAAAUAAUGGCCAUGUUUGUCUAUCACCUGCCUGUUGGCAUGCCAAGAUCUGGACUGAAGGAGAUAAAUGUGGGUAAGGAUCAGCCAGAGGAGAAAGAGACUGGAUCCUGAAGAGGAGUGUGUGUGGACUGAAUACAGUAUUGAAGGAGGGCUGAAGAUUUGGUAGUGGUGGUGCUUUACCUCUCAUUUUAUCUUAUUUUUCUGUUGGUCUUUAAGACAACUGUAGCCUUGGCAUUGAAAUCCUUUUCAGGAUACUGUCACCAAACAUUUUCAUAAUCUCCUGCCAAAUCCUGCGACGCAUUAUUUACUCACCUGCAUUUUGACACACUUCAGUUCUCUCAGUUGUGUUAUAUCUUCAAUAUGAUUAGUUUAAUAUAUCAACUUUAGACUGCCGAGUCGGACUGUAAAAAAACGGAUCACAAUAACUGACAUGAAGAAGCGGAAGAGCAAAGCAACACCACUGUGUCAGUGUUACUAACGUUACUGGCAUGUGGAUCCCAGAAUAUUUCAACAAGGACUCCAACAUAUCUUAACUAAAUUGACAAAACAGCAGUUUGAGAACGUGAUACGUUUCUCUGGUAGGCGGCACACAGGCAGCAAACACUUUAGGUAUCAAUGGCUCAAUGGAAGUAAAAUCUCCUGGGACAACCAGUGUUCAAGCAUAUUUUGGCAUCAUUAUUAUUAUUUUUAACAAGAAAAUAUCCUCUUCAAACUCAUUUAUCAUAACAUUUAAUAGAGAUUUUUCUAUGGUGACAUUUGGUGAAAUGAAAAUAAAAAAUUUGGGUCAGGUCCAAUGGUUAAAUGUUUUUAAAACACAUGUUAUUGCUUUAUGAAGAUCAGAGUCACGGUCACAACCUGUAUCCACUCAUCCAGAAGAAGUUAUGUUGGAGCUGAUUUGUAUGUGAAUAUGAAUCACCUCUAUCACGAGAGAACACUCACAACAUUAGGUCUGUUUUUCAGGGUUACAUUUAAAACAUAGAUGAUGUGAAAAUGAACCUGUGAUGCUGUCGAGAUGUUAAAUCUGGAAAUGAUGGACUGAAAAUUUUACUUGGCUUUAUUUAUUUUGAAACCCACUGAUUUAAACAUGUUGAAUCUGCCUGAUGUUUAUUGUCUCAGACCCAGAUAAGGAUUAUAAUCACCGCACAGGUCCAGUUCAAACAGCAGUAGUGAAUUUAAUGGUGUUUAAAACAUAAUUGGUAACGCCUUGACAUUUUGAAAUCUUGACAGAACAGAUGUAUACUGCCCCCUGUUGAUCCACUGGGUAGCCUGUUAAAAACAUCAACUAAUACAACAGGUAACCACUACCUGAGUCUUAGAUGUGUGAUCUCAUUUAAUAUCAGACAUGCUUAUUUCCUAAUAUUGAGGCAAAGUAGCCUUUAUAUAAAUCCGAAACAGAGACUUUGGAUCAUGAGCUACACAGUAAAAUACAGCAGUAGAACAAUAUUUAGAAUCUGCAUAGAUUCAUGAAGUUGUUAAACAUUUCAGGCUUUUUAAAUAUUUUUGAGACACGAUUUGUUUCCAUGCUCAUAUACUCUCAGUGGCUUCUGGCAGUUUAUAAUUAAUAUUAACCUCCUGACUUAUAAAUGGUGUGUUGACAUGUUUAAACACCGAUUUCAAAAUGUCAAGGUCACACUUUCACCGUAAAUCUAAUCCUAACCCUCACAAUUUAUCUCCUAAUCUCCCCAGUGUUACUUUUUGUAACAACAUGGUCACUUGACUUAUAAGGGGUUGUAUUUUGGUUUUGGUUUGAAAUGACACUUUAAUCUUCAUCACAGGUAAAUUUAGGAGCUGUUAUUGUUUACACCUGAUAUGUGACUGUAGUGAUACAAGACAUUUGACAAAAGCUAUUUUUUUAUAUUUACAAUUGAUGAGAUAUACCAUGUUCAGUUUUUCUUUCUUUUGUGUUAAUUUUGCACAUCCACCCCUGUACUAACAUCCCAGGGUGUUUUUGAACAGAACACUCCUCCAGCUGCAGCUGAGUGGGAGGUGUAGCUCGCCGAGAUCUUUUUUGGUAGAAAAUGGAUGUUUAGAGAUUUUUGUUUUGGAAGAGUGCGUUUGAUUAAUCCGACCAUGACGCUUCAUUUUCCACUCUGGAGAAACCCCAAUAUGUGAACUGUUUUAGCGGGUUUGGGUGGUCGCCUCAAAAGAUGAGCCUUUCUUGCAGAUAUUGUGUGAGUUCGUUGAAGAAGGACGUUGCGUUUACCACAUUUUUCUUCAUGAGUCAAUUUUUGUUCCUUUUGUACAUCCGGCCAGCUUCCCAGACGUGGAUUGAGUUAGUUUAAUCUCAAGUGUUUCUAGUAUCACAGAUUGAGAGUAAAACAGUCCUGUAUUAAGAAUAUUCUAUUAAAAAACGAUUUAAUAGUCUGAAGGCAGAUCAGGGGCAAACUAAGACCAUGAGAGAUAAAAAAUUCUAUUUCCAAGAUGUCAGACUUCAAUUCAGAUUAUCAAACAGACAAAAAUCUUUUAAAAAAUGAUUUCGCAAAUUUGGUGCAUUUGUUCCAGAUUCCCCUAAAAUUUUUAGGACUUAAGUUCUUAUCCACCUUUUCACCUUUAAACUUGUGUAAAGAUCACUAUAUACUGUGUCUGCCCAUGUCUUGGAAAACUGGACACUUGCUUCCAGAUGUCCACCUUGACUUGAGAAUAUACAGUGCUGUAUGUUAAAGGUAGCAGUUCGAAGUCCAAGAAGUCAAAGGAAGAGCCAACACGACAGAUUUCUUUUUUUCUUUUCAGGUUUUUAAACAGAAUAUGCAGAAGUAUUGCAAAAAAAAUAUCUGACAAUCAUCAGGGUUUUUUAGUAGGGAAUAAUGUGGCGAGUUCCCUGGCUGGCAAACAGUUUUCAAAAUAUCGCUGUUGGGUUUCGUUCCCCCGCUUUCUCUGGUUUUCAAAAUAAAGAUGAUUUCCUAUAUGCACAA